UUUGAUUAAACCAUGGAUAACGUCAGCUUGGGAUUGGUCGCUGAUGCCAACACAUCUCUUCAGGAUGAACUUUACUCCUGUCACACAUUGAGGAACCAGGCCUCUCGUAUUUUCCUGUAUGCCUUCCUCUCUGUCGGCAUUGUCUGCACAGUGGUGGGGAACUUCCUGGUGGUCUUGUCUAUUGCCUACUUCAAGCAAUUGCAGUCGCCCACAAACUCCUUCGUCAUGUCCCUUGCAGUGGCUGACUGCCUUGUUGGACUGGUGGUGAUGCCUUACAGUAUGAUUCGGACUGUGGAGGGAUGCUGGUACUUUGGUGUUCUUUUUUGUGGGCUUCACUCCAGUCUGGAUGUCAUGCUCUGCACUGCCUCCAUAUUCCAUCUGAGCUGCAUUGCCUUUGACCGCUACUAUGCCGUCUGCAACCCCCUUGUGUACUCUUUAAAGAUGUCCCACUGUCGGGUCACUUUCUUUAUUAUUGUGUGUUGGGCUGUACCCAUGCUUAUUUCCUUUGGCCCCAUUAUGCUUAAUCUCCAUAUCGCAGGUGUUAACAUUGUGCUCCCUAACGAUGUGUGCGUGUUCUUAGUCAACCGUGUUUAUGCUGUCAUGGCCUCCUUGGUAGCCUUUUACUUACCAAUGGCUAUCAUGCUAAUAGCCUACUGGAAGAUCUUUAAAGCUGCCAAAAGGCAGGCCAUGCAGAUCAGCGCCAUGGAAAGCCAGAUGGCUGCUGGAGUGGGCAAGGACUCGAGUAAGAAACAAAAGCACCGGAACACCAUGAAGAGAGAAAGGAAGGCAGCUAAAACUUUGGGUAUCAUCAUGGGAGUUUUCCUUCUCUUCUGGAUGCCCUUCUUUACAGUCAACAUUGUAGACCCCUUCAUUGACUACAGCACCGAGGGUGUUGUUUGGGAUAUAUUUUUGUGGCUAGGAUAUAUCAACUCGUCUCUUAAUCCCUUCCUUUAUGGUUUCUUCAACCGUUCCUUCCGUAGGGCUUUCCUCAUGUUCAUUGGCUGCAGGGUCUGCCUGCCAGGAUCCUCCCCUUGGAUGGAGCUAUCUCACACCAGGAAAGAGGCAAAUGAGCGUGCAGAUAAACGAUAGAACAAGUCUGUAUAUUUUGUGUACACAAACUAAUUUUACUCAAUAGUAAGGAUUUCUGUGAAUCAAUGGCACAAUUGAGACAGGUUUUACGCCUUUUUUGUCAAAAGCAUUGAAUCAUGUGUGAAUAAAUAUGUAAAUUAAAUAUAAAAACUAUCAGUGAAGUCCAACCAACCAAAAUCAAGUGGCUUCAACGGUUAUGUAAAAAAAAUCCUU